AUGUGCGCUAAUGAGGCUGCACUGAUGGGCACUGAUAGGCUGUACUGAUGGACACUGAUAGCACAGGCAUGUGCAUGGGCAGCUGUGUGCAGGGGCGGACUGACAACUCAUGGGUCCCCCGGGCAAUAGUUGAUCAUGGGGCCCCUGUGUCCUUGCCCAAACUCAAAAAAGCCUAUGAAAAAGGUACCAGGGGCAUCUCAUGGGGCCCCCUACUGACCCCGGGCCCUCGGGCAGUGCCCGAGUUUCCAAAUGGUCAGUCAGCCCCUGGCUGUGUGCCAUAAAAAGUAAAUCCUGCG